CAUUCCAUCAGUCCAUCUUGCUAUCUUAUGUAUAGAAAGUUUCCUUCUCUAGAUAUGGCUAUGUAUGUUAAUUCAGCAGAUUUUCAUCCAAGCAUCUGGGGAGACAAAUUCCUGAUCCUCUCCACUAACUCAGCUGUUCAGAAAACUGAUGUUGAUUUCAAAGAGGAAGAAAAGCUCCAACUGCUAAAACAAGAAGUGAAGAAGAUGCUGAUGGCCGGAGACACGCCUCAACAAAAGUUGUUAUACUUGAUUGAUGACAUUCAACGUCUGGGGUUGUCUUACCACUUUGAAACUGAGAUUGAAAGAUCAUUGCAGCAUGUCAAGGAUAGCUUUCUCGAAUAUUACGGCACAAAGAAUCAUGAUAAUUUACAUGAUGUUGCACUAAGUUUUCGCUUACUUAGACAAGAAGGGCAUAAUGUUUCUUCUGAUGUAUUCUCCAAAUUCCGGGACAGGGAUGGGAAGUUCCAGGAGAAAUUGGUUAAGGAUGUGAGAGGAAUGCUAAGUUUAUUUGAAGCUGCACAACUUACAGUGCAUGGAGAAAAUAUACUUGAAGAUGCUCUGGAAUUUACCACCUCUCACCUUAAAACCUAUCUCAAUUCCGACGCAAAUGUUCCUCUAGCAGACCUUGUUUGUCGUGCACUGAAGUAUCCCCUGCGUAAGAGUUUCAAUAGAAUGGUGGCAAGGCAUUACAUUUCGAUCUACCACAAAUUUGAUUGGCAUAGGCAUGUUCUUUUGGAUAUGGCAAAAUUGGACUUUUACCUAGUGCAAAAGGUUCAUCAAGAGGAGCUAGGUUAUAUCACAAGGUGGUGGAUAGAUCUUGAUUUCACAAAUAAACUUCCUUUUGCAAGAGAUAGAGUUGUGGAAUGCUUCUUCUGGAUAUCAGGGGUGUACUUUGAACCCCUAUAUGCUGCGGCCCGAAAAUUUCUAACGAAAGUUAUCUGUUUAACAUCCAUAAUUGAUGACAUAUAUGAUGUCUAUGGAACUCCCGAAGAGCUUUUGCAGCUCACUGAUGCAAUUGAUAAAUGGGAUAUCAGUGUCUUAGAUCAGCUGCCGGAGUACAUGGGACAUGCUUAUAAACCUUUACUGGAUACUUUUGCUGAAGCCGAAGAGAUGAUGGCAAAGGAAGGACUACCAACAUACGGUGUUGAAUAUGCUAAAGAAGCUUUUAAAAAGUUGACAGUAUCAUAUAAUGAUGAAGCUAAAUGGCUUCAGGCCCAGUACAUCCCAACCUUUGAGGAGUACAUGAGUGUUGCAAUUUUUUCUGGAGGAACCCAAAUGCUAAUAGUCUCAAGCUUCCUGCUAAUGGGUGACGUUGCAACUAGGGAAGUAUUCGAGUGGCAUUCUAAAGAUCCCUUAAUUAUUAUGGCCUCAGCGGCCAUUGGUAGACUCAUGAACGACAUUGUAGGACAUGAGGUCGAAAGAAAGAGACCACAUAUACCAUCAGCUGUCGAGUGCUACAUGAAAUCACAUGAUGUUACAAAAGAAGCUGCUUAUGCUGAGCUAAGGAAAUCUGUUUUAAAUGCAUGGAAAGAUAUGAAUGAGGAAUGCCUCCGUUCAGAAGCACCUCCAAAGGAGUUGCUCGAAAGAAUUUUUAAUCUAACCCGUGUGACGAACUUUCUUUAUGCUAACGGGCAUGACGGAUACACAGAUUCCUCAACCCUCACCAAAGAUAUGAUAACCUCGCUUCUCGUAGAUCCGAUUACAGCGUAAAGCUUAAUUCUGGAACUAAUGAAGCUCAUGCAGAGUUACCAUGCGCAUGCAGUUUGUUGUUUUCUUAUUAUAAUAUAUUUGUGAAUAGAGAGCAAGGGUUAUUCCUGUCCUUGUCUCUCGUUGUUAGGAUGGAU